AUGGCGUCCAGCGCUCGAGCCAAUGUACUGGUCGUUGGAGGCAGCUCAGGAAUCGGUUUGGCAACAGCCAAGCUAGCGCUCACCAACCUUCCCAGAGCGAACAUUGUCCUCGUCUCGACAAAUGAGGAAAAGCUACAGAAGGCCGUGGCGGAGCUCAAGGCUACUUCGCCUAACGAAGACGCCCUAAUUGAUCAUGUUGUUGGGGAUGUAUCUCGGAUCGCAAGCCAGUUCAACGACAUGGAGGCGAUUCUCAAGGCAGCUGUAGCUCGGUUUCAGUCCACGAUCGACCACAUUAUCUGGACGGCGGGAGCAUACCCACAUGCGCCGAAGAGCGAUCAUCUCACCAACGAUGACAUACUCGAAGUCGCUGGCGCUCGACUUUUUGGCCCCCUGACACUUGUCAACCUGGGGAAGAAAUACAUGACCGACAGCCGCAAGUCUAGCGUCACUCUGUCCUCCGGCAUAGCCAUCUACAAGCCUCGCCCAGGCUCUGGACGCCUGAUAGGCAUCAUGAGUGGGUUUGAGUCUGCAGUGCGAGCGCUCGCAGUUGACCUCGCCCCAAUCAGAGCCAACUUUGUGGUCCUCGGUCCGUUCAGAACGGCAAUGUUGGACCGCUUUGCCCCGGAUGAGGCAGCUAUAAAGGCAUACGCCGAUGCCACGCUUUUCAAGUCAGUCGGAGAGGUGGACGAGGCAGCUGAGGCGUAUCUUGCCAGUAUGCGUUGUAGCUUCAUGACGGGAUCGAGAAUCGAUAGCGAUGGGGGAGCGUUGUUGUGCUGA